AUGAGAUACUUCUCUGCGAACUUCGUCACUGCCGUUGUACUUGCCCUGACGCCUCUGGCCAAGGCCGUGGUUGCUCCACAAGAUGCAGACCUUGAUCACCGCGACUCUUCGCCCCCGAUGUCUAUAGCUAUCUCAACUCGAGCUGCUACCAGUUUUGUCAAGACAUCUGGUCAGAGGUUUACAGUUGAUGGGUCGACUUUCACCGUUGCCGGCGCAAAUGCUUACUGGAUCGGAUUAACUGGUUUGAGCACUACAAAUAUGGAAACAGCGUUUGCUGAUAUCGCGAAGACUGGCGCUACUGUUGUUCCACGUCGCAGGGGUUUUAAUGAGGUCACCAGCGCCAGCGGAGACUAUUACCAUCUCUGGUCGGGGUCAACGUCUUCUGUCAAUACAGGAUCAACUGGUCUCGGCAACUUCGAUAAUGUUAUUGCUGCUGCCAAGGCCAGCGGCCUUCGUCUCAUUGUUACUCUGACUAACAACUGGUCAGACUUUGGAGGUAUGGAUGUCUAUGUCAACCAGAUCGUUGGCGCAGGGAAGCCCCAUGACCUUUUCUACACCAAUACAAAAGUUAUUGCUGCCUACAAGGACUACAUCAAAACUUUUGUCAGCCGAUAUGUUAACGAGCCUACAAUUUUAGGCUGGGAGCUCGCCAACGAACCGAGAUGCUCAGGAAGUACCGGGGCGACUUCUGGCUCCUGCACGACUGCGACGAUCACAAGCUGGGCCAAGGACGUCUCUACAUACAUCAAGUCGAUUGACUCUAACCAUCUUGUCGGACUUGGAGACGAGGGAUUCUUCAAUGAACCCAAUGGCCCUAACUUCCCUUACCAAGGCGGCGAGGGCAUUGAUUUUGAUGCCAAUUUGGCUAUCAGCUCCAUCGACUUUGGCACAUACCAUUGUUACCCGAUAUCAUGGGGGCAAACAAGUGAUCCCACUGCUUGGGGUGUUCAAUGGAUCAAGGACCACGCCGCAUCUCAAAAGGCCCGAAAUAAGCCCGUCAUCAUGGAGGAAUUCGGUGUCCCAGAUAAUCAAUCAUCAACGUACAAGACCUGGUAUACAACAGUCAUUAGUUCGAGCUUAACAGGGGAUUUGAUCUGGCAAGCCGGCUCUCAUCUUCCCAGCGGUGAUACCUCCGAUGAUGGAUUCACUAUCUAUCCCGACGACCCGGUCUACGCCUUGGAGACUUCCCAUAACGCGGCGUUGAAGGCGAGAGGGUAG